AUGGUAUUGAUAAAAGUGAUUAAAAAUGAAAAACCUUCAUAUUUGAAUAGAUUUAUUUAGUUGCAUAUUAUGAUCUAAAUGCUGUAUAUAAAUUAUAAAGGUUUGACUAUAGAACCAAGAAAUGGGAUGUUGAUUUAUAUAACUAUCAUAAGAUUUAAAAAAAAAAUCUACUCUUAUUUUUGCAGUGAUCUUCAUGAAUUUCAUAAUGAAUUAGAUCUAAAAAUUCAACUAACAAUGCAAAAUUGCUUAGUAUUUUAAUUAUUUAUAUAUUAGAUAAUUUAUUCUUUAGAUCAUUAAAAUUAUUCAUAAAAAGGAUGGAUUGUUGAUACUAUCAGNGACUACAUAUGUUGUGUAAUUAUUAAAGAGCCAGAAUUAAUCUAUACUAAACAGUGA